AUCAGUCUGAUACCACCAACUCCAAAAGUCUAAGACACUAACAUUGGGGAUAUCACAGCAGAUAUUUAAAGAAGAUGGUGAAUUGGCAGGAACUGGGCAGCAAUCAUUAUGUACAGAGAGUAAUUUAGUCAUCAAACAAGAGGACAACAUUUAUGCGUUAUCUAGUGAAAUUAUUAUCCCCGAGGAUAAACCACACACAUUUACGGAGUACUCAAAACAUUUUUUAAAGAAGGGAAACGUCUUAAGUCUAGCCAAAUGAUUCCUAUAAAUAAGAAACCAUUCAAAUGCACAGAUUGUGAGAAAAGCUUCACGUGUAAUUUGCAUCUCCUUGAACACUACACAGUUCACACAGUUGUGAAACCUCACACGUGUACAGAAUGUGGGAGAUGUUUCUCAUCUAAAGGGAGCCUUAUGUAUCACAAAAAGACCCACACAGGGGAGACUCUUUUCACAUGUACAGAGUGUGGAAAAAGUUUUACACAAAAGAGUAGUCUGAAAACUCAUGAAAGGAUGCACACAGGGGAGAAACCUUUCACAUGUACAGAGUGUGGAAAACGUUUUAUACAAAAGAGUAGUCUGAAAACUCAUGAAAGGAGUCACACAGGGGAGAAACCUUUCACAUGUACAGAGUGUGGAAAAAGUUUUAUACAAAAGAGUAGUCUGAAAACUCAUGAAAGGAUGCACACAGGGGAGAAACCUUUCACAUGUACAGAGUGUGGAAAAAGUUUUAUACAAAAGAUUAGUCUGAAAACUCAUGAAAGGAGUCACACAGGGGAGAAACCUUUCACAUGUACAGAGUGUGGAAAACGUUUUAUACAAAAGAGUAGUCUGAAAACUCAUGAAAGGAGUCACACAGGGGAGAAACAUUUCACAUGUACAGAGUGUGGAAAAAGUUUUAUACUAAAGAGUAGUCUGAAAACUCAUGAAAAGAGUCACACAGGGGAGAAACCUUUCACAUGUACAGAGUGUGGAAAAAGUUUUACGCUACAGAGUGAUCUGAAAAAUCAUGAAAGGAUUCACACAGGGGAAAAGCCUUUCACAUGUACAGAGUGUGGAAAAUGUUUUAAAAUAAAGAAUUAUCUAAAAACUCAUGAAAGGAGUCACACAGGGGAGAAACCUUUCACAUGUACAGAGUGUGGAAAAAGUUUUACACUAAAGAGUGAUCUGAAAAAUCAUGAAAGGAUUCACACAGGGGAAAAGCCUUUCACAUGUACAGAGUGUGGAAAAUGUUUUAAAAUAAAAAGUAAUCUAAAAACUCAUGAAAGGAGUCACACAGGAGAAAAGCCGUUCACAUGUACAGAGUGUGGAAAAUGUUUUACACAACUGAGUAGUCUGAAAAAACAUGAAAGGACCCACACGGGGGAGACACCUUUCACAUGUACAGAGUGUGGAAAAAGUUUUACACACAUGAGUCAUCUGGAAAGACAUGAAAGGGUUCACACAGGGGAAAAGCCGUUCACAUGUACAGAGUGUGGAAAAAGUUUUACUCAAAAGAAUGAUCUGAAAAGGCAUGAAAGGAUUCACACAGGAGUAAAGCCUUUCAGAUGUACAGAGUGUGGAAAAUGUUUUACACAAUUAAGUAGUCUAAAAAUUCAUGAAAGGAGUCACACGGGAGAAAACCUUUUCACGUGUACAGAGUGUGGAAAAAGUUUUACACAAAAGAGUCACCUGAAAACUCAUGAAAGGAUUCACACAGGUGAAAAGCCUUUCACAUGUACAGAGUGUGGAAAACAUUUUGCACAAAUGGAUAAUCUGAAAGCUCAUGAAAGGAUUCACGCAGGAGAAAAGCGUUUCCCAUGUACAGAGUGUGGAAAAUGUUUUAAACUAAAGAAUAUUCUAAAAACUCAUGAAAGGAUUCACACAGGGGAGAAACCUUUCCCAUGUACAGAGUGUGGAAAAUGUUUUACAGAAAAGAGUCAUCUGAAAAAUCAUGAAAGGAUUCACACAGGAGAAAAGCCGUUCACAUGUACAGAGUGUGGAAAAUGUUUUACACAAAUAAGUCAUCUGAAAAUGCAUGAAAGGACUCACACAGGAGAAAAGCCCAUAUCUCACGGCAUAACAAAGCUCCCAUAUGAGACUAUGGAAGCGUGGUCCCGUACAAUGCGAAAGCAAGGUGGUAUUCACAUUGCACAUCACCUGUAA